GCCCAGUAAACUUCGUUCACAUCGUUAACUCACCGUUCCGAACACAAAGUCCCAGUUGAAAUGGCCUGCAAAAAGAAGACCAAGCUGUGGGAAUCAAUGGCUAAGGAUGAAAUGAAGAGCACCACACAGGCGAUGCUUGAGGAGGGUGCCAAGGGGCUAAGGACUAUAUCCACGCAGGAGAAAAAGCUGGUCAACUUUCAGUCGUUCAAUAUGGAUGAUCCUCGUUAUGGAGUCUCCGAUAUCGAUGACUAUAUGGAACCUCCCAUGUUGUCCAGCUACACACGACAAUAUUCUCAGCCGUAUCCAAAUCGUUGCAAGCCUCUCGUUCCGAAAACCGAAUCACCAGAUCCAGUAUUUAAUCGCAGACCCAAAAAUGAUUUUGAGUUUACUACAGGCCUGGACUUUAAGUUCCUCGAUGAUCACAUGCACAAUCUGUCCGAAACCCGCAAGAAAGUCAAUUUCUUCAGGCAGUUAAGGAAUCAAUCAUUCCUUCUGUAUUAACAUGCAAUAUUUCGAGUUACAAUGCCAAAAUAAAAACUGUUAAUGGGC